AAUAACCGCGAGGGCCGAGGGUGGGUGGUUGGCUGUGUGCUGCUGCCUUGAAUUGUGAAUUGACGAGUCUGCUGCCGUCCCCCAUUCCCUGCUCCACCUCCCGAGCAGAGUCGAGAAGGAGGCAAGGAAGCAGAAUCGACAAGGGAAUGGCGGAAUCGAACUCGUACGAGGAGCAGCGCCGGAGGCAGGUGGAGGAGAACCGCCGGAAGCUGGAGGAGCUGCGCCUGCACCACCUCUCCGCCGCCGCUAGGCCCAAGCCCAACCCCAACCCCAGGCCGAAGCGCAAGGCCCCGGGCCCCGGCGAGCUCCGGCGGUCCGGCCGCGUCGCCGGCCUCCCGGAGCAGCCCAACUACCUCAAGGGCUCAGAGCAGCGCGGCUACCGCGGAGUGUACGAGGCAUACGCUGUUUGGAAAGGGCCGACCGACGAGGAGAGGGCCGCCGCCGUCGUUGCCGCCGCCGCCAAACAAAAGGCGGAGGAGCUCCAGCGCCGGAUCCACGGCAUCCUCUGGCCCGCCUUCGUCAAGCCCGUGACCCACGACUGCGCCAGCAGGGCCGCCGUGAUGGUAUUGCAGCCAUUCUUGGAUCGGAUUGGAUGUAUAUUAGGUGGGUUAUAUCUUAUACUAGAUCGGGUUCGCGCCGUAGCGCGAGGGUGCCGGUCAGAACGUUUAGACAAAACCAUGUAAUAAUUUGUCAGUAAGAGCCCAAGAAUAGCAUGUGUAGACAACCAAUUGUGUUAGAAGCAAAACAUAAUGAGACUGAAGAUGAACAUCAUGUUAUAA